GUGCGUCUUAAUUUGUAAAUUUUCAGUCAUUUGUGUUUGUGUUUUCUGACCGGUGACAUGGGACGGAUGGCGGUUAGGUGGGCCAUUGCGGCCGCCCUUUGCUCGCAAAUUUUCGGACGUGUGCACACCAUGCAGAUGAGUUCCAAUUAUUUUUGUGCCGAUAUGAACCCCCAAUCACACAUCAUCAUUGAUCAGUUGAUGGGUAUGUGGUACGGUAUCGAAAUCUACAACCACGUCGAGGAAAGACAUUACAACAAAGUGGUACCCUCAUGCCCCAUCAUUCACCUGUCCGAAGAUCAGCAUCCUCAGACCACCACCUUCAACCCCCUACACAGGAACUACAACUAUGGCUACAAUUACGGCGAAGGGCACGGCCAGUACUACAACCAUCGAACGACCCAAGGGAGGAUCCCAACCGACUACCACACCAAUCCCACCAAUUACCACAGAAGCCCACAGGAACAGCUGGAGUUCGACAGGAACACGACCUACCCCAACUACAGGCAGUACGACCACCACGGUUACAUGAGAAAGUUGGAGUACGACAUGAGGAGGUUGAGAUUGUACUGGGACGAGAAUGGAAGCAGUACCGAGUACCAUUUGAGGUAUAACAUUACCAAACCCGGGUUUUGGAUCAGUGAAGGGCCGCAAAAUGGUUCAUCGUUGGAGCCACAGUUUAGCCAUUUCGCAGGAACGAUCCAAGUUCUGAAAGCGGUAGGCAGCCACUUGCUGCUAACAUUCUGCCAUCAACUGCCAGAAAGACAACUUUACUCGGUUCUUUUGGCGAGAGAAAAUAAACUGAACUACAUCGAAUCGAACGGCGUUCAUAGCAUGUUGCACAGAAGAGGUUUGGCGGCGACGGCCGUCAAGAAAGUAUGCAGCGGAAGUCGAAAAUUAACCGGCGUCAGUUUGUUUAGUUUGUUAAUUGGUUACUUACUUUGGAACAUCAUUUUAUAAUGAGUGUGUACGUUUUUAUAGAAAUAAUAGACAGGUCAUUGAACACUAGUCAUCCAGUUUUUUUUUUAAUUGUGCAGAUUUUUGGGUACAAAGUACAAAUAUAUUUGUUUCACGGUUUGGACGGUAACUUUUUCAUACCUACAAUUGUAACAAUUGGUAAAAUAAAAUAAAUGUCAGUUUGUAUAUUUUAUAAUAAAAUUGUUUUUUAAAUUGGUUGGUGUCAGUUGGACUAGUAAUAAUAAAAGGUCCAAUUUUCCACCCACAUAAUAUAAUGUGGUUGUAAUACGAUAAUUGUAUCUAAUUAUUUUAUCUUGGUUCUUAGGCUGAUACUGAUCUUGUCUAGGGUAAACGAUUUAUUGUCAGAAUUUGUGUGAGACACAAAUAAAAAUAAGAAUUAUUGGAAUACUUAUAUAUAAAAUAUAUAAUUGAUAAAAUAUGAUAUGUAAUUUUUAUGUAAAAUUAUAAAGGUAUUUUAAAAAUUA